AUGGGAGAGAAUACUUGCCGGAUUAAAACGCUCUGCAUUGGUAUUGAUGCCUACGAGCAUAUUUCCACCUUGGACAACGCCAUUCGUGACGCUACUGACGUUCACAAUCAGCUGGAAAGCAGCCCCGGAUGCCAGGCAACUCUUCUGGUCAACCCUUCAACGAGGACGGCGAUCACAAGUCAGAUUUCUUCCCUCGUAAGGGAUCGCAAGACGAGGGGCCUGGAGCUGAUAUUGGUGUUCUUUGCUGGGCAUGGGAUGCAGCUAAGUAAAGGAGAUAUAGCAUUGCUAACAAGUGACAUCGUCCGGGCCGAGGAAUCUGAAGAGACUAAGCAGAGCAUGAUAACAGUAGCGGAUAUGUUGGAGGCCCUUAGAGAUGGAGCUGCCCAGAAUUCAGACAGGAUUCCUCCUUUGCUGGUUAUCAUCGAUGCCUGCCGAAACUCCAAGAGAAGCGCGUGGAUGGGGAUGGAGAGGUUGGAGCAUGAAGGAUCCAGCUUGAUCCAACGAAUGCGAGUGUCGCUGUGCCUUUCGUGCAGCAGAGGUCAACAAGCAUCGGACGAAUCAGCAUUCCUCGAAGAUCUACUUGACAGCGAGCAAGGAAUGUUUGCUCAGAAUCGAAGACUCAAACUCGCCAUAGAAUACGCGGUGCGGAUGAGCUACGACAGAGAACAAGGAAAGUAUGGUCAGUAUGCAAGGACAUUGUGUACGGAACUCAUUCCAGACAAGCUCUGUCUCAGAAAUGAUAAGACGGUAGCAGCAGACCUGCAACAGAUAAGGAUGGGAGUGGAAAGCUUGAUUCAAAGCGAGGGGAUGCAGCCAGACAGUACAGACUCGGGGGUGCAGGUUGUAGCAGCGUACAGUCCUGCAGCAACACGAACAGGAGCAGAUGUUUUCCGAGAAAGUCUCCUCCAGCUCGUAAGAAAAAGCCUUUUUAGCUUGCAAGAUAAGGGUCCACGAUGGAAAAUAUGCUCGAUGUUCCUUUUGGUGUUCCUGAGCAACAAGGGCACGACGUACAAAAAACAAGGUGACCGAGGAUUCUUUCAUGCCUUUGCAAAGCAGAUGGUCGGGCCUGAGCUGAUCAAAACAGUUGGGAAGGCCAUGGUUGCCGAUGAGAUCUGGUCAGAGAAACUGGAGCGAUGGAUACGAGAGAGAUACGGGGAGAUUGACAGGAAGAAGAUGGUGACAGCAGCUAUUGAUUUCACAGUGCGCGAGGAGAUUAGAAGCUCAUUGAGACAUAUGGAAGAGGAGGCGAAUGCAGAAAUAAAAUGGUGGACCAGGAACGACUAUCUUGCAGAUCACUACAGUAAGGGGGAAAAAGAACAAGAGGAGGCACUAGACCUUGCGGAAGAAUAUCUCAAAGACAAGAUAACCGCUGACCAAGAAGGGCGACUGAGCCCUCUGCUUGCUGUUCACGUUCUGUCUCGAGUCGUCGAGACCGGCAGCUGCGUUGCGUUCUUGAAGAUGACAAGAUUGAGCAGCGCUUGUAUGUCAGUGAUGCUUGCGAAGAGCGUCCGAGAGGUUCUAGGCGGGAAUGGAAAAGAGGGCUUGUUUCGAACAUGGAUCAGCAGCAGCGGUUGGCUGAGCGGACCUCGUGAGUACGGGGAGAUGGAGGAGAGGAUGGAAGCGAAGGAGGUAGAGAUGCUUCGGACCCUGCUGCUCACCGUCGGGGGAGGUGUGUCGAAAUUCAUUGAUUGGAAGAAAUUGGAGCAACCAGAUCGAAAAUCUCUUGAAGAUUCGAAACCAAACAUCAAAAUGGAAAAGGUCGACCCUGUGAAGAAAGUGACAUAUCGAGAAGAGAAAGUUCCUGCCAAGACUAGCAAGAAAUUGAGUGCUGACUCUGCUGGGGUCCAAGAAACCCCGCUUGCAGGGUCAAUGCUUUCAGUGAAAAUGGAAAUCGAAGAAAGCUUCGAUGGGGCAGGUAUCGGAAUUACUGUUGGUGUCGACGAAGAAACCAGCAUAUGGAUGAAGAAGAUUUGUCAAGAUUUGAAGAUUGACUUGAAGAGGCUUGAAGCUCACGAAUGUGCUUUUUACUCUGACUUGUCUCUCGAACAUCAGAGCAUGAUGACAGACAUUUCGUUCUUUCCCCAGCUGGUGACUGCCUUGCAAAAACGCCUGACUAAAAACAAAGAAAUCAACGUCCUCGGCUGCAUUAACAAAGCCAAAGAAUCCGAGAAUAAUGAUUCGCAAAAGCGCGAGUUGCUGGAAGGCGCAGCCAUGAUGGCGCGCGCACUCGGUAUGAAUCAGAGAGAAAAGAAUGAUCUGAUAAGUCAAAAGCUGCCUUCACGAGGGAAAGAACAAAUCUACGACUGUAUGACAAAGUCGACUCAAAAACAGACAGAAAGAUGGACUUGGCAGAGUUUGAACGCUGAUGGCAGUUUCAGGUUCGUAGAAGUAUUUGUGGGAAGUGAAGGCGAAGGCCCUUCCGUUCCUGCAGAUAGUAAACCCAGCAGAAUACAGAUGAUUCGCAUCAAUGAAGGACAAAGGCUGGAAGAUCGCACCAUUGGCUUUCUUAUCAUCAUGCGUCAAACAGCAGACAUUGAGUUGUUGGAAAAAGAGCUCAACCUGCUCAGCGAGGCUGAGCAGAGGCAGGAGGUCUCAGACAGACCAUGCAGGAUUGAGCUUCAAGGUGCAGGAGGCUGUAAGGGACAUAAAUCAGCGAUCGAGAUUAUCCAGCAGGAUCUUGAGCAACUCACUCCAGAAGAGUUUGAGAAGCGUGUGAAGGAAGCCUUCGAGUCUGAGGAGUUCACCAAGCCAUGUCGAGUGAGAGGAAUCGAGAGGAUCGUCAAGAUCGAGAUACUCGAUGAUGGGUUUGGGGGCAGAAAGACGUUUGAUCGUCAAGACACGGGUUACUUUCAAGCCAUAUCGGAGCGAUACAACAAGCAGAGGUCAAACCAAGACCCUGAGCUCGGGCUUCAGCUGGUGAUCAAGAUGAGGGUCGAGGCGUCGGUGCUUCCGUCAUCUGAAGAUGUUCUAGAGACGCUGCGACCGCUCGACGCCUCAGAGAUCGAGACGGAUGCUCGUGCGUUAGGGAGAGUGUUUCCGGAGCAGAAGGCGGUAGCCGGCCGGAUCUUGAACCGACUCAAGUUUGUGUUGCAGGAAGAGAAGAUGAGCCUGAGAGACUUUGAGAAGCUUGACUUUGCGAUUCUUGUUCCGAACUUCUUGACCCUCAAGCAGCAGACCGAAGCACGCAUGCUCGAGACCUUGUUCUCCGAUAUGACCUCAGACAGAGAGUGUAACAAGGUCGUUGCUCAUCAAGCACCUGCGGCGGAGCAGCUGAGAAAGAAGAUUCUGAGCAUUUCAGACAAGACGCUGUUUGUGCUGAUCUCCGAUGAGUCGCAUUGGGCGUUGAACAAAGGCAGCCCUCAAGACCUGAUUAUCAAUGAUCCAAACCUGAUGGAGAAGAAGAACUUCAUAGUGUUGCAAGUCAGUGCUACACCGUACCCAAACCUCACCCUCCACAGUAGGAUACCCGAGAAGUACGUGAAGUUCGAGGAGGAUGAUCCUUACAAGCCGGUGCAAGAAGCGAAGGAGCAAAAGACUGGCGAGUUUGAUGAGGAGCUGCACGUGAUCAAGUGGAAGCUGAGAUCGCGGAGAUACCGGACGAUAUACUUUCGGUUUGAAGACUUCCUGCGAACUUUGCCGUCUUAUGUCUUAGAUGAGUGUAUCCUACCCGGUGAAGAGGCUUCUGCAGACGAUCAAACUCGAGAGGACGUGCGGAAUCAACUCAUCCGUCGAGAAAACAACCUGAUCAGCACGCUGAUGGAGUCCGUCAAAGUUUCGAGGAAGAAGAAGGAAGAAGAAGAAGCCGUCAGGGAGCAUGUCUGGCUCGCAGACUUUAUCCUUUCGAUGCUCUACUUUCACAAAGUCCGUUGGGACCGAAGCACUGGCAGGCUGAAGAGUGUUGCUGACGACUUGCACAAUAUCACUCUUAAAGAUCUGGAGAAGUUGAAGCUCGAGGAAGAAUACAUGACAAUAGCAAACAAGUGCAAGUCAAGUGGAGCUAGACAAGCUUGUGCGAAGCUGCGGGAGCGAGUCAAGGAGACCCUGAAGGAGGAGAGAAGUGGGAGUGCGGCUCGGGAUUGUAUCGCAGAGGUGUUCUACAUCAAACUGAAGUCAGAGGCGAAGGAAGAAAGUGUUGAAGUGAAUGAUGACGACUCGUUCAUGGAGGCAGACGACUACUUCCAAUUCAACGAGACAGACAGAAUAGUCAAGGAUCUUCUAAGCCAGCGCAAGCAUAACGGGGGUCUUUACGGACAUAUGAAAGUAGUCGGAAUGUUUAGCAUCAAGCUAGCCGAUGAGGUUUGUGAGGAGCUGAAGCGAAUACGCAAAUCCUUGUUUGGAGAUUCGGUAUUCGCGGUCAUCGAAGACUACGGAGGGUCUGAGCUGUACGACUGCAUUGAAACUCAGUUUCGAGAUGAGCCGCUGACCUACGACAAGGACAAAGCACCUCGCUCUAUCAACUCGCUCAUUCAAGGCAGAGCGCGUGGAAAGAAGUUGACGAGCCUGAACUACAAGGACCUGGAGGGACUCCCGUGUAUCUUGGUCCUGAUCGAGAAGGGCCGCAUGGGCGACACGUUCCCGCACUCCUUCGAUUGUCUUGACUUGCGCGUGCGCUCGUCUGACAACACGACGACGCUGAUCCAGGAGAUGGGCAGACUCUGUCGCUACCCGACUUUGCGUGAGGAGCACUGCUUCGAGACAUCGGAGGAGGCGGUGCAGGUAGCAAAGGAGAAGAGAUGGUUCGAAGGGAAGGGACGGCCGAUCGUUGUGUAUGCGAAUGCUGCAGACGAUGAAGUGGAUCUGUCACAAGGUCUCGAUGGGAAGCGACUCAUUGGGAUAGCGUGGAGCUUGUCCAGCUGGACUCAGAAAAGUAUUCUGCAGGUCGUGGAACGUGGCAAGACCUUGUCGCCUGGAAGGAGAGGUGAAGAAGAUUGGUACACGCUGGAUCGGAAUGUUGACAGAAGCGCCCAAGCAUCAAUGGCUGAGGAUCUGAAAGGCUGUAUGCUCAUUCGCUUCCCCACGAGUACGUUUAAGAUAGGAGGAUCACCAUCAUGGGGAGACGUUCAGUGUCUCAAGAUAACAGAGUCUCGAAGACAGGACGAUGAGACGAAGAUCAGAGUCCAGGACAGUUCACAAGUCAAGAAAUGUCCAGAUAGCACGUACAUAAUCGUGCGGGACAGCGCAAGCUUGGCUUGGCUAGCUAGCAGGCACAACUGCCCUCACGGAGGAGUGCUGAAGGAGCUGGAGCAUGACCUCCCGUCUGCCCUCGUGAGCUCCUCCUUGUACGACACGCUCAUGAAAGCAGUGGAGACAGCUGAAUACUGCAGCAAAGAGAUCUGGGAAUGCAUCCGACUCAGCCCACAACUUCACACGCACAUGAAGCGAAGAGACGACAGGGGUCAGCUGGUCAUCAGCUACCAGAAGAACGAGCUGCAUGACUACAGGAACCAACACGUGGCCGUGACGCGAGCAAAGGCUGAGGGAGAAGGCUCCAAGAGAGUCAGAGUCAAUCAUUGCGACUGGUGUCAAGACCACACGAAAAGAAGACAGCAUCAGCUUCGCUUUCUUUUACAUGCAGAGUGUCAGAUCGGCAAGACAGGAGCGUAUCUGCACCUUCUCAACUUUCUCAGGAGAGAAGUUGGUCUGAGAGCUGACAGUGAGUAUGCCUGCAUACCUCAAAUACGACCAGAGGAUUACCCGAUAAAGGUUGAGUUCCAAACCCGCCUUGCCUGGGAGAUGCCGUUCUGGCGGGAUCUAGCUGGGCAGAAGCUUGGUCUUUUCAAGAUGAAGGAGGGGAAAUAUCACAAGAUGGUGAUCUUUCAGCGCCUGAGGCUUCUGGCCAAGUGUCUGCGGGACAGUCGUGGCCGGUCGUCAUGGCAGCAGCUGUACUGUAAAGCGCUGCUGGCUCCAGCGUCAAGCCAGAACGCUGAGGGCGAGUGCAUACAAGUGAAGGAGAAAGUCAUUCGUCUCCUAAAGAAAGUGUGGAAGAGUGACAGCAGUCCGAUCGAGAUCAUCUCAGAAGGAGCUGAAGUCAAGCUGAGGAUCUUAGACGUUGAGAGACUGAGAGACAUCGUCGAGUGGGACAGGGAAGACAGCAUGCCUUCUAUCGUUGCAGACAUGAUGAAAGCAGGAUUGAAAACUCGAUCUGGUGAAACUCUGCUCCAAUCAAACCAGGACAAGAGCGAGCUCAGUCUCUCUGCCUUGGGUUCGAAAACAGACCUUCAGAACAUUGCAUGGGAGGGCAGGGAAACGACGGCUGGGACCUCUCAAGGACUCGCGACAGGGCAAGUGAAGAAUGAUUUCCCUGCGCGAUGCCUCUGCCUCCACACGCUCCCAGAGAAGACCAAGGUGAAGCUGCUGCGACUGUCGCCGAUGAUGAGAGGCGUGAGGAUAGCUCGCUUGUUUGGAGACGACGAGCGUCGAUGGCCGAGGAUUUCCUUUCCUUUCGGAGAAGAACAAGUGUCACGGUAUUUCUCGCUCAAGGACGGGAGAGUGAAUGGCGCUGUUGAGCUUCAAGGGGAGAAAGCUAUCCGCAACUGGGUGAUGACUGCUUCUUACAAGCGAGACGCUGCCGGCAGCAUCCAGACAGGGCGAGCUGCAUUUCUUGAUCGAUCGAGCGCCUUCAAAGAGGGAGACCGCGACGUACCUGUACGGCAGAUGUUGCUUGUACGACCGGAUGACAGCGAGGGAGACGGGCAGUUCUCGAGCUACGUCAGCGAGGUAGGAAGCGAGUACAUCGUGGUCGCUCUGUCGCACGAGAUGAUUCUGAGCGAGGCUGUAAGCGAGCUGGGCUUUCGCUUUGAGCAGUUUGAGCGCCAGAUGCCCGAUGACGGAAAGCUUCGCCUGACCCCGCAGGACGGAGGGAUAGGAUACGCGAGGCUGUUCGCCCAGCUGUUCGCGCACCUGCUGGGCCUGGAGAGAGUCUGGAUGAUCGACGACAACGUUCUCGAUUGCUACCAGCUGGACCUGAGCAAGAUGUUUGCAAGCGACCCGCCGCUACUUCACCCGCCUGUUGCUUGCUCGUUUGCGACGAUAAUGCUGCAGAUGCAGGAUAUGAUCAGUGAUGCACCCAAGUCAUCUGAAGAGAUAUGCCGCCAACACCACAAGCAAGGGAAGGGACAAGCGUGUCCGAAGACAGACGGCUUCUUCGAUCAUGAGUCGAGCAUGAUACCCAAGAGCUGUCAGGCUGUGCGAGGAGCUGCGGCUAAAGCUGCUGCCAUGGAGCGAGGAGUCAAGAGCACGUCUGAUAUCUCUACAAUACAGGACGUUCGCGGGAACACGGACGGCUAUGCAGUGAUCGGGAUGCGACGAGAUGUGAACGUGUUCAUGAACAGCAGUGUUCCCUUCAAGAUAACUCACAGCGUCUACUCGUUCUUCUUGCUGAAUGUCAAGUCGACGAUUGGCAAGGGAGUUUUGUUUCCACCCAAGAAGGUGUGGGAGGACGUGGAUUUCAACAACCUGUGCGAGGAGGCGGGUCUGGCAGUGCUGAAGGUGAACCGCUUCUUUCAUCACAAGCAGCACCGCAGCCUUCAUGACAGGCUGGAGGUUGACGAUCAGCCUGAGGCCUGCGAGGUAGUCUGUCGGGUGCAUGUGAAUGGUCGACAGAUCUUCAACGUUGCAUGUGGUAGCGACAUGUCAACUCUGAGUGAUGUGUACGAGACUAUCGUCAAGAGGCUGAAAAGGUUGUAUCCGCAGUCAGACAUCAAGAAGGUCACUUGCAGGAUACAAGGCGGAGACAUCAGCUUUGCCUACAAGGAGAGUUACAGGGACAUCAAAGAGCUGGAAGGUCAAGAAAUGUGCGAGGCAGUGUACUUGGAUGUAUUGUUUCCAUAUGAGGCCCGUGAAAGAAUGCAAGUCGAUGAAGCUAUCGUGACGACAAGUACUUCCAAGGCCUCGAUACCCUUCCUUGUGAGCCUGGUAGAGAGCCAAAGGAAUAUUUUCUACUUUCCGUCUAGGCGUGCAUUGGACGAGUCUGAAGGUGACCAGCCUUUCUUUGCAGAGGUCCCUGCAGGCAGAAAGUGGAACGAGCUUUCAGAUAAAAGUCUCGACAGAGUCAAACUCGAGGAGUUAAAUAUCAUGUGGGACGACGUCGAAGCGUUUAAACCGUUCUUUAACAUCGUUCGGAACCUGCUGCGAGAUAAGGAAUGUAUCAGAAAGAUCAACUUGAUCCUCCCCGCCAAGGCGUAUGAAUCCAUGAAGGAGAAGAUAGACGACAAGAUCAAAAACCUUCGCAUCGGAAACAUGACCAAGACUUGGACCACUGUGUUGCCUUGCAAGGAGGACGCGAGUCAAGAGGACGAUGUUGACAUGAUAGAGGCAUCACAAUCAGACAAUGCCGAGAGUACGAUGGACUUUGUCGUCAUCUGCUGCAGUAGCGAGGAGGAGAAGAAGGCUGCUCAAGACAAGGGGGAGGGGCUACGAGCCGAGGCGGAUGAAGCGAAGCAGCAGGAGGCAGAUGAAGCGAAGCAGCAGGAGGCGAAGCAGCAGGAGGCGAAGCCACAGGCUGAGGAGGAGAGCAGCGACUCAUCCAAGAAGCCCAAGACUGAGGAGCCGGAGAAGAGGAAGAGCUCUGAACCUCCGGUAGGGGAGAGUCCUGCGAAGAAGGGUAAAGCUGCCGAGAAGCAGGGAGACUUGUGGAGGAUAGAAAAGUGGAAGAGGAAGUUCCAAGAAGGAGCAGUGCGGGUGGGUGACAACAUAUCAUACCGUCCGGCGAAGCAAGAGGCGAGGGAAGGCAAAGUGAUUGAAGGGGGGAAAAUAGAAGAGAAAGGCAAAACAUUCGCAGAUGUGUUGGAAUUCUUCCGAUCCGGAGUCGAUGAUGGAGAUGCCUCAGGGUCAGCGCCAGGACAGAAACUGCGAAGUGUGUAUAUCAACAGAGAUGGGAAGAACUUUAUUUCAGUUCACGAUCUCUUGAAGCAAGAAAAGGAUUGA